GAGCAUGGUCGAGGACCUGGGAAGGACGUAAGAUACAGGAUGUAAUCGACACGAAGAAUGUAUCAAUCUCUUGCUUGCUCGACUCACUUGAUGCGCCCCAGGCAUCUGCUAUCUCGCAUCUACUAUCUAGCAUCUACUCCAAACUCUCCCGUUGUCGUUUCCACGCCCUCCAAAUCGGUGCGUCUAGUCAUCAUCCAUAUCAAAUAGAUCACCGGGCGGUGUGCCAACGCAUGUUGUUCGGAGCAGAUCAAUCAGAGCACCUGGUGGAAGUAAGCAGCAAUUGCCUCACUCCUCUUGCAGUUGCAGGCUCCAUUCUGCCUUGUGAUAUAUCCAGUGCGAGACCGUGAUGUUGAUAUCACACUGCAAUAUGAUAUAACGUUGCUCUCGCUAUCACCGCUCUGUGUUGCUAUUGCUGUACUGUACAUGCUCUAGCUAAUGUGAGGAGUAAAUGGCCAGCAAAGAACUCAAAUCAUUAGACCACACUCCCUUCAUACAGUCAAAGUCCACAACUCCUUUCGCUCAGAGCUCCCAGCCGAUCGUCCAAAUGCACCCGUCCAUUCCUUCCUUCCACGUCUGCCAUGCCUGUCCCGUGACGCAAUAUCCCAAUAAAAUCGGCAAUCACGCCCAGACAAGAAGUUGGUGAUUAAUCAACCCUCCGUCGUCCAUUUCUAGAACAUCGCCGCCCCUCAGCCAAUUGCUAAUCAACGCAUCCAUCCACAUCGAUCCAGCCCACCCCUCCUUACCAAGCCAGCCGCCAAAAUUCAAAAAGAUCAACCACCACACGCAAACAAACCAUCCAUCUCAGCACCCCCAAAACAUUUCAUCUCCCAUUCCGGAACUCCCCAUCCCGUUUACAUAUAAAGCUCUCCACCCCCACCGCACCUACAAGACCUAGGUAUACACCGGUCUCCUACCAAUUGCCCAUCAUUAAUUUCCUCCGUCGCUUCUUCACCACCACUCCCAUCAGCGCCGCCAGAAUGUCUGCUGCUCAAACCAAAGCCGAUGGCAUCAUUGCCGACAACGCUGUUGCCGUCUUCAGCAAAUCCUACUGUCCAUACUGCAACGCAACCAAGAAGCUCUUGACCGAUUUGAAAGCAAACUUCUACUCUAUCGAGCUGGAUCAAGUUGACGACGGAUCCGCAAUCCAAUCCUACCUCGCCGAGAAGACGGGUCAAACCUCUGUCCCCAACAUCUUCAUCGGUCAGAAACACGUGGGUGGAAACUCGGAUUUGCAGGCGAAGAAUAAGAAGGAUUUGGAGAGUCAGUUGAAGGAGUUGAAUGCUGUUCAGGCUUAGAGGGGCUUGUGGGGAUUUGGUUGAUGGAUGAGAGUGAAAUUAGAAUGCUUGCUUGAAGUGGAUGAAGUACAUGCAUGCUUAUAGGAAGUGCAUAGAAUAGCUCUUUUGCUGGGAUUGGAGUGGAUGAAUAUCAUACAUAAAGAUUGA